ACAAAAAGAAGGGAAGAAGAAGGGGGAUGGGUAGGGAAGAGAAAAAUUCGUGACAAAGAAAACAUUCUUUGCCUGGGAGGAGACUCCCAGAGGGUGUAGAGCUGGAGGGAGCAUUCACUGGCCAUGCCAGUACUUACCACUGAUGCUGAGUCAGAAACAGGUAUCCCAAAAUCCCUUUCCAAUGAGCCUCCCUCAGAAACCAUGGAGGAAAUAGAGCACACAUGCCCACAGCCUCGACUGACCCUGACUGCACCAGCCCCAUUUGCUGACGAAUCCAGCUGCCAGUGCAAAGCACCUCAUGAAAAACUGACCAUUGCUCAGGCGCGCUUAGGAACACCAGUUGACAGGCCUGUUAGAGUGUAUGCAGACGGAAUAUUCGACCUCUUCCACUCAGGUCACGCAAGGGCACUUAUGCAAGCAAAAACACUGUUUCCCAACAGCUACUUGUUAGUAGGAGUUUGCAGUGAUGACCUUACUCACAAAUUCAAAGGUUUUACUGUGAUGAACGAGGCAGAGAGAUAUGAAGCUCUCAGACACUGUCGAUACGUGGAUGAAGUCAUCAGAGAUGCACCAUGGACUCUUACUCCAGAGUUUCUGGAAAAACACAAGAUUGAUUUUGUGGCUCACGAUGACAUUCCGUACUCCUCUGCCGGUUCUGAUGAUGUUUAUAAGCAUAUCAAGGAAGCAGGCAUGUUUGUUCCAACACAAAGAACAGAGGGCAUCUCAACAUCAGACAUCAUCACCAGAAUUGUCCGUGACUAUGAUGUAUAUGCCCGGCGUAAUCUCCAGAGAGGGUACACAGCCAAGGAGCUGAAUGUGAGCUUUAUAAACGAGAAGAAGUACCGUUUUCAGAACCAGGUGGACAAGAUGAAAGAAAAGGUCAAGAAUGUGGAGGAAAGAUCAAAGGAAUUUGUUAACAGAGUAGAAGAAAAGAGUCACGACCUAAUUCAAAAGUGGGAAGAAAAAUCAAGAGAAUUUAUUGGCAACUUCCUGGAACUGUUUGGGCCAGAUGGUGCAUGGAAGCAGAUGUUCCAGGAGAGGAGUAGCCGGAUGCUACAGGCCUUGUCUCCGAAGCAGAGUCCUGUGAGCAGCCCAACCCGCAGCCGGUCCCCUUCCCGCUCUCCAUCUCCUACCUUCUCCUGGCUCCCAAACAAGACCUCUCCCCCCUCCUCACCGAAAGCAGCCUCAGCCUCCAUCAGCAGCAUGAGUGAGGGGGAUGAGGAUGAGAAGUAAAGGUGCCUGGUCGACAAGAGCACAGCACACAGGAUGGGAGGGCUCCCGGGAUGCCUGGGAGGCGUGGAGAGCUGUAGCUCCGCCGGGAGAUGGGAGUUCUGCCCAGGGCGUUACUAGGCCAGCUCCUGUUCCUUCUCUAUCCAGUCUGGCCUGGGCUCAGCAUGGAGGUUUCUGACCUGAAAACCCACACAAACCUUCUUAGCAUCAUAGAAGCACCCCACUUUAGCCCUGCUAUGGAAAGGUACAGUGCACUCCAUGAAGUGGGGUGACUUCUGCUUUGGUCCACACAUCUAUCUGUAGCAAAUAUGCCACCCGCAGAAGUGGCUGCUGCCUCACCCUGCUAUCUCCAGCCCUCAAAGAGCCUUGCACGUUGCUUCCUAUAACCCACGCUCUCCCAGAAUGAAUUCCCUUCCAACUGAGGUGGCUAAGUGCUUGCAAAAUGGGUGAGUUAGAGGCAAAUUCCAGCCUUCUUUGUUCAGCCACUAAGCCCUGAUGGAAUGCACCAACACUUUCCCAUUCCAGGACCCCGACUCAGAUGCAGCUUUGCUUUGGUCAGAUAGAAACAUGUGACCCUUAAUCUCUCAUUCAAAGGACAGUUGUGUCAAGGUGAACUCCACCUAAGGCCUGACAUGCUUCUGGCUGUAUGUUUUCAUCACUGGCAUGAUGACACUGUUUUCCAGAAAUUACCUGAAUUGAUGGGAAUCGCAACAAGGAAACCCGUCUUACCUAAAAAGAAAUAACCAAACCAACUGGGAGCUCCUUUGCUUUGGCUCCAUGUAUGGAAGAUGAAAAUAUCUCUUGGAGCUUCUUAAAGGAACGGCUCUUUCCAUUUCUGACCACUCCAGUUCAUAGACCUUGAAUAACAGUUUGAUGAAACAAACACUUAGUAUACCGAUAGGGGGUGCUACCUGCACGUAUUUGUUCUAUGUAUCCUCCAAUACGCCACCCCAGGGUGUAUACCAUAUGCAAUAUGAAUAUAUGGUGGCCGUGUUGGACUCUAUAACCCUCUCAUGCUCUCCCCCAUGAUACCCUGCUGAAAUGCUUGAUCUCAAGAACCAUCUGGUUCCCUCAUGACUUGGGCACUUUGUCAAAAGCUCAAUCAAAUGUUAGAUUCCUGUAGAAAUGUUUUGUCCCAGAAAAUCCCUGUUGUUCUUCACCCACGACAUUUUGGGUAAAGGGAAAGCUCAAUCUUUUGAAUGGUCUGAGAGACACUGAAGUUAUUUCUGGCCCUUGCUUCUCCGAACAGGAUGGAGACUCUCAGAUGACUGGAGAACUACGUGGGUCCUCUGUUCCCUAACUACAUGCAGGGAAUGAUCUGGGCCAGUCAAGGUUUAGAGCUAAUCUCUUAGGUUCAAAUAGAAUUUCCUGAUUAUCGUAGUAAAGACAGACAGACAGCACUGCAGCUUGACUGACUGAAGGCCUUAACAUGUAACUGGUGGGCAAAGUCCAGCACCUCCAGUGACAGAGACAUCCUCUGUUUUCAGAGGCUUUGGGAACACGCAUUCCGGGAGGAGGGGGCAACUGAUGAAGAAAGGUACCCUGCCUUUCCCCUUUAUGUUGGGGUCAAACUACCUCCCUGCUUACCUAAAGAUCAGUGGUGACUAUUGCUAAACAAAACCUUGAGGCUAAGGCAACCUGGAGCCUCCUUGUUCCUGAUACUUCUUCUAGAAGUCUGUAAAGUGCUCGUGAAAGACAGGGGGUUGCUAGGAACCCAGCCUGGGAGAAAGAAAUCUCUUUUCAUAGUCAAGGCCCUCUUGGACCAUCCCUCCCCAGAGGCAAGGGCUUCCAUUCUUCCACUGUAUCUAUCGGUUUGACCUCAGCCUUCCACUAUGCACCCAGGACAAAUUGUGCAUGUAUGCCUUCUAUUUCAGCCGUUGACACUUGUGGCAGUGCAGGGACAAGGGGAGCAACUAAGCAAAUGAAGAAGAGGAGAAGAGGGUCCUAGAGAGAGGAAAGAAAGCUAAAAACAUCUACGGUUUUAAGCCACUUCAGGUUAUAUGUGCAGAGGCUCUCUGUGGAGGAAACCUUUAUUUUUUUUUUUUUUAAAAAGUUGACUCCAUGACCCAGGGCACAUAGGUCCACUUUUACCUAAGUCUUGCUCUGAGGCAGAGAGUGUAGAAGUGAUGUAUCAGGUGAGUAUAAUUUUGCAGGCCCUACACACUAUCCUGACAGGUGCCACAUACAUGAUUCAUCAGAAGCGCCACUGUAGCUGUGCAUGAUGGGAAGUGACCAAUGUAGGAAUCACCCCAGGUACAAAGGACACUUAAGUGGGUUUAAACCUCCUUCUCAGUUUCUAACAGCAGCUCCUCACCUUCCCAAAGCCACAAGUUUUCCACAAAGAAACGGGGUGGAUUCUGUUAGCCAGCCUUUAGCCCUUCGUGACCAUCUCGAAGUCCUUCCCAGCCCUGACAGGUUUUACCUUCCCCUACACGUGGGAGGAGCUGCGACUGCACUGUGUGUGAGUUCUUCAGGCAAUUCUCACGGUCAAGGUCAAGGGCAAGUUAAGAAUGAAUAACAGUGUCCAGCAUGCUGCGAGCUUGGAGAAGUAAGAAACAGGGGCAAAACCAGGGAAAGGGAGGGAAAGAAGCAACUUAGGAAGCCCAUUCCCUAAGGUUGGGAAUGGGAAGAUGGACAAAAAUGACAUGAGUUGGUGAAUACGGGAGGAUUUAUAUUUUCUACUUUCCUUCCAGGCAUCACUAGGAAGGAGGAAGGCUUCCUAUUGUAUACUUCCAUGGCUAGUGGAUCCCCAUGCAGCACGUGGGGUCCUGGCCUCUCUAGCUUAUUUGGCAUAUUAGCAAUUUUCGUAUCCCCCUCCCCACCCCACCCCGCGCUCAGAAACCAAGUGCUGACUCCCUUCAUGUAAACAUCAGGGGCGUAUUUGUAAUGCAGUGUAUGGCCUAUGUCUGUCAGCAUAACCCAGAGGCAAGGGUAAACCAGCCCUGUGACAGACACGGUGUGGCUUCCCACAUGCAGUGUGUGUGUGAGUCUCAGCCAUUCUAUGACCUAGGCUGCAGGAUACUGCGGUUACAUUGGUGGGUUGUGGCUACCGGAAGAACAUGGCUUAUUUUCCCUUGAUCUUCAGGACUUAGUUUAAUGCCCAGUCCUACCCAACGGAUGAGACAGGUUUUCAGGCAUCUACUCAGCAGCUCCAGUCCUGUCCUAUGCAGCUGAUGAGGAAUCAAACAGGUGAUAAGUGAACUCAUUAGGCAUUUUUCUUUCUUUCUUUGGUUUUUUUCGAGACAGGGUUUCUCUGUGUAGUCCUGGCUGUCCUGGAACUCACUCUGUAGACCAGGCUGGCCUUGAACUCAGAAAUCUGCCUGCCUCUGCCUCCCAGAGUGCUGGGAUUACAGGCGUGCGCCACCACCGCCCAGCUUCUUAGGAAUUUUUUAACUUCUCUAGUUUUCUGUUCUGUCGCUGCAGUAUGUCUGGGGACAAAGCCAUAAGAACAGCCUAUCUACUUAAAAUUCUGCUGUACAUAUAAGCCGAGGGCUCAUCUGGAUUCAAGAAUGACUUUAUGCCCAAGCAUUUGCUCUGGUGCUGACUAGUGCAAACUACUGGAAUCACCCCACCCUCACCACUGAAAGCCCUAAACCCUCUUCCCCUGAUCCCAAAUGGACCACAGUAGUCCCAACUUGUUUAUAAAUAAAAGGACCCAGAGUCACACUUUGGCCGCUUU